UUUAGGCGCCCUUCGUUUCCCAGGUAAAGGGAGUUGUUGUGGUUGUGAGCAACAAAUUCCGCUCUUAUUUCUUCUUCUUUAACGGGGUUCAUUAGCGAUGUCUCAGCAGCCCCAGCAGACGUUGCCCCCCGCUCCUGACUCCCCAGCGCUGGUGGUCACGUCUAACGUCCAAAAAUAUGCCAUAAAGAAGAAGAAAGUCCUCAAUGCUGAGGAGACUGAGCUGUUUGAGCUGACUCAGGCUGCAGGCAUCACUGUGGACCAGGAGGUGUUCAAGAUCAUCGUGGACCUGUUAAAGAUGAACGUGGCUCCUCAGGCGGUCUUCCAGACCCUGAAGGCAAUGUGUGCGGGCCAGAGAGUGGCGGACAGCUGCGGCGGGGAGGCUCCGGCCACCGCCACUACAAGCCUGACCACAGCUCCCACGGAGGCCAGAGGUGAACUGAAGUCCAGCCCUAAAAAUAUGGUCUUCGGUGGCUUCUUUCUAAUUUCUCUCCACAUGAAUUCUGUCUUUUCUUCCCGUGCCUUUCUGCUUCUGAAAGAAGAGGACUCGCUGGUCUCUGGAAAGAGCCCGAAGCCUCCUGCAGCUCCCUCCUCUGCGCCGGGGCCCAGAGCCACAAGGGUCAACACAAAGAUUGUGGUCUAUGGACCUCAGGACGCUAGCUCUUCUCACUCCCAAGGUCCCUUCUGCCGUGCUGUGUCCUCCAUCUCCAUCUGCGCUCUGCUCGGCUUUUGUCAGACGCAGAAGUGCUCGUUGUGCCUGCCGUCUGUGCGCAACAAAGCCGGAGCGAGUCACAGCGAGAAGAGCAGAGAGGCCUCCAGCCAGAGGGUGCAGCGGCAGCCCAGCGCCACCAGGGGGCAGAAGACCAAGAGCUCCGGCAGCAGCAGCAGCUCCUCACAGGUCAACUCCACAUAGCCGGGGCCCACCAGAGGCCCCGUGUAAAUAUUUAGGAGCGUUACUAACAGUUUAUGUGCGUUUAACUGCUGAAAAACACGGC